AUAAAACCCCACCUGUAAUAGAGGAGCUGGCGAGAGGCGGGGCCUGCGGCGGGGGGCAGCAGCGGCUUAUACUGGAAGAGGCGGCAGGCAGCAUGAGUCAGUGUUGGAGGGUGUGUCGUAGUGAGUGGUUGUGUUGCCCGUGGGCUCCUCAGGUUUCUUAUUGACGCCACACUACGUUGAAACCUAGUGAGCAUACAGUCGGCUGUUGAGACUAUCCACUCCAGCGAACGUCCUCCCACUCCGCGGACUUGUGAGCGCGAAACAGAAAUUUAGAUGUCCUUAAGGAUUUUAGUGUGAAGCAAGCCUCUCCCCGGCCGGUGCUCUUGUGAUACCUAGUGCAGGGGAGUAGCGGGUAACAGUGUGGGAGGCUGUGGGAGCAGCCUCGGCAGGACAGGGAACACCAGCGGAAGUUAAAAGGUGUCAGGAUCAACAGGAGACAGGAUGAAGCACAUCGUCGAGACAGUGGUCGACAGCUACAAUGACCUCUUCAUCAACCAGCGAGACCCAAGGGUCGAUGGCUGGCUCUUUAUGGACUCGCCAUGGCCAACCUUCUUCAUGUGCGUGAGUUAUGUUAUACUGGUGAAGGUGAUCGGGCCGCGCUACAUGAAGGACAGGCCGCCCUUUGAUCUCAGGGGUCUCCUUGUAUUCUACAACGCAGCUCAAGUCAUCUUUUCUACCUGGUUGUUCUAUGAGAUUGGAAUGAGUGGGUGGUUCACACAUUAUUCAUUCCGCUGUCAACCUGUUGAUUAUUCGGACAAUCCUUCAGCUAUCCGUUUUGGUAUGGGUGGAUGGUUCCGUGGAUACUCCUUCCAAUGCCAGCCUGUCGACUACUCUCAAAACCCAAUGGCCAUCAGGAUGGCUCAUGCUUCCUGGUGGUAUUACUUUUCCAAGUUCACCGAAUUCCUAGACACAGUAAGAGCUCUCUUGAAAUAUUUGUGCUAAGAAUAAUUGCUCAAA